AUGUCCCAUCUCAAGCCCCUCGUUGACAACUGGCUGCGUUUGGAUCCAAACCCCCACACCAGGAAGGAAAUCCGGGAUCUCUGGGAUGCUGACAAUCAUGAGGAACUGGACAAGCGCCUCAGCAAACGCAUCGAGUUUGGCACUGCUGGACUGCGAGGACGGAUGGAAGGCGGUUGGUCACGCAUGAAUGAUCUUAUUAUCAUUCAGACAUCUCAGGGGCUCGCCGAAUACGCCUUGCAGCAACUUCACCAAGCUACCUCCCGUGGUGUUGUUAUCGGAUACGAUCAUCGCCACCACUCCGAAGAGUGGGCCCACAUAACGGCAAAGGUUUUUCUUACGAAAGGGUUCAAGGUUCAUCUCCUCCAUGGCCUCAAUCAUACUCCUCUAGUUCCUUUCAGCAUAAAGAGACUUAAUGCGUCCUGCGGAGUUAUGAUCACAGCAAGCCACAAUCCCAAGCAAGAUAAUGGAUACAAGGUCUACUGGGAAAAUGCUGUUCAAAUCAUUGGUCCACAUGAUGAAGGUAUAUCAACUACAAUCAUGAACAACCUUCAGCCUCUACCAUAUUCCACCGAUGACCUGACCUCCUUCGAAUUUUGUGUCGAUCUCACCGAGGUCUUGCGGAAGGAAUACUUUGAUUCGCUGAAAGCCCUCAACAUCGUUCACAAUCCCCCCAAUACAUUCAACAUCAAAUUUGUAAAUACUUCCAUGCAUGGAGUCAGUGAUGUCUUCGUGAACAGGGCUUUCACGACCUUUGGCUUCCCUCCCUAUGUACCAGUUACCGAGCAGCAGCUACCUGACCCCGAAUUCCCUACGGUUCGCUUCCCCAAUCCUGAAGAAAAAGGAGCGCUUGAUAUGGCUCUGAAGACAGCAGACCGUCUUGGAGCAGACUACGUAUUGGCUCAGGAUCCGGAUUCAGACAGGUUCACUGCAGCAGAAAAAAGCCCUGAAGGGUGGGUCCUAUUCAAGGGUGAUCAGCUAGGAACCCUCUUCGCGGACCAAGUACUUCAAUCUUACAAAUCGUCUGGAAAGCCGAUCAAUCAACUGGCCAUGGUCGCAUCGACCGUAAGUUCCAAAAUGAUAGAGGCUAUGGCUGAAACCGAGGGAUUCAAAUUUGUGGAAUGCUUAACUGGGUUUAAAUUUAUCGGAAAUACCGCUCUACAGCUUGUGGAGAAAGGAUAUGAAGUACCUUUCGGAUAUGAAGAAGCUAUCGGCUACAUGUUCGGCUCCCAGAUUCGGGACAAAGAUGGAGUUGCUGCAACAGUUUCAUUCGUCAAUCUCGCUCUUUCGCUACGCGCACGUGGGCAGACCGUGAAUCAACACCUCCAGGACCUGUACUCCAGAUAUGGCUAUUUCGAGACCUGCAAUAGCUAUUUCACCUGCAAUGACCCCAAGGUAACUGAUACUAUUUUUUCGCAUAUCCGCAACUACCAGCCUGAAAAAGGGACAAACCGACUAUAUCCAACCACCUUGGCUAGUCUCAACAUCACGCGAGUGGUAGAUCUCACCGCAGGAUUUGAUAGCGGAAAUCCGCCCGAAUACAAGCCAUCGUUGCCCCUCUCUUCUGGCCAUAUGAUCCAGUUUCGGGCGGGUGAUGACGAAUCACAUCUUGUCCUUACUCUGCGGUAA